GAUAUGUUGAAUUUACAUUCAAAUCAAGAAAAAUAUGAUAUAAUACUUUCGUCUGAGACGAUUUAUAACAUCAAUUCUAUUCCAAAAAUUUAUAAUAUCAUUAAACAUACCUUAAAAUACCCAAGUGGUAUUGCUUACAUCGCAGCAAAAACUAUUUAUUUUGGUGUUGGUGGAGGAAUAUUACCAUUUUGCCAAUUAAUUGAGCAAGAUGGUAUUUUUAAUGUUAAUAUAGUCUAUACUAAAAUUGCUCAUGUCAAAAGAGAAAUAAUAAAGCUUUCAUUUUUGUAA